AUGUCUAAAAAGUCACAAUCUGGGUUUCCUGUGGAGAAUCCAAUGACUUCGUAUUGGCUCAGGAACCCCGAUCCAUUGGCAGCUUAUUCUUCGUCAGAGAGCGUCCCAGAGCAUUGUGAUAUAGCUAUAAUCGGAACUGGGCUUGCAGGUGUAGCGACUGCGUAUCAUAUCCUCUCAGAUCCCAGUACUGCAGCAAAAAGCCCAACCGUCGUACUCCUUGAGGCGCGUGAGGUCUGUUCGGGUGCGACAGGACGAAAUGGCGGGCACACAAAAUUGGCUGCGACUUAUGCACAGCAGUUGAUUUCUACUCAUGGAGCGGUUGCUGCUGAAGAGAUGAGCGAGCACCAGCUUGAUCAGCUAACUGCCCUGGCAGAAGUUGUGAAAAGAGAAAAUAUCGAUUGCGAACUAAGUGAAACCCAUUCUUUUGACGUUUACUUUGACGAAAGCCACGCGCGAGAGGCCCGAAACUUCCUUCAAGAACAACGUCAGAACGAAAUAAGCUGGUCUCAGAAAGCCGAAUGGAUUGGAGAAUCCGAAUCUGAUAAGGUCACAGGUACAAAAAACAGCAAAGGAGCGAUUCGAGUCCCGGCUGUCUCUCUAUGGCCCUACAAGCUCGUCACUGGUCUUCUUGGCAAAGUAUUAGAACGCGGAGGCAAGUUAUACACAAAUACUCGAGUGACAAACGUGGAGGGAAACUUGGAUCAUACAGUACUCAAUACAACGCACGGCAUCUUGAAAGCUGACAAGACAAUUUUUGCGACCAAUGCAUACACUGCCGCACUCUUGACACGAUAUGAAGAUAUUAUCAAGCCAGUGAAAGGCCAGAACUCACAUAUCUCCAUAGGAUCAAAUUCCUCUCGGCCACCUUCUUUACAGAGUACAUACAAUCUGCGCUUCGCACAAGGUCCGGACUAUCUCGUUCCUAGGCCAGAUGGAACGAUGAUUCUCGGCGGAGCAAAGUGGGAAUUCGUCCACGACAGAGAAAAGUGGUGGAACAAUGUUGAUGACACAACAUUAAUCUGUCAAGGAGCUACGGACCACUUUGACUCUGUGAUGGCUGAUACUUUUCAUGGAUGGGAGAACGCCGAAGCGCAUCAUGAUAUGGUCUGGACCGGAAUAAUGGGUGUAACGCCUGAUAUGCUUCCCCAUGUGGGUAGAGUGCCGGAUUCGCAGAACCAGUGGUUACUGGCGGGAUUCAACGGGGCUGGAAUGCUCCUUAUUUUCACCAUGACGCAGGCCAUUGCUAAGAUGGUGACCAGAGGCGUCGAAUAUGAGGACACGGGACUAUCGAGUAUCUUUCAAUCUACUCCCGAGAGAUUAAAUGCUAAGUGGAAGAGCUGA